CCAGCCCCCAAGCACCAGAGCCUCCUCAACCUCCCGGCGCCGGCGCAUCGACGACAUGGCCCGCACCAAGCAGACGGCGAGGAAGUCCACCGGCGGCAAGGCGCCGAGGAAGCAGCUGGCGACCAAGGCCGCCCGCAAGUCCGCCCCGGCCACCGGCGGCGUGAAGAAGCCCCACCGCUUCCGCCCCGGCACCGUCGCUCUCCGGGAGAUCCGCAAGUACCAGAAGAGCACCGAGCUGCUCAUCCGCAAGCUGCCCUUCCAGCGGCUGGUGAGGGAGAUCGCGCAGGACUUCAAGACCGAUCUCCGCUUCCAGAGCUCCGCCGUCUCCGCGCUGCAGGAGGCCGCCGAGGCCUACCUCGUGGGCCUCUUCGAGGACACCAACCUCUGCGCCAUCCACGCCAAGCGCGUCACCAUCAUGCCCAAGGACAUCCAGCUCGCCCGCCGCAUCCGUGGCGAGAGGGCCUAGCCUGCUGCCGCAAUCCAUAUCCAUGCGUCGUGUCAGAUAGAUCCCUGUUAGGCCGAGUUCAUCGGUGGAAAAUACUAGUGGUGUUUCAGAAUGUGCGCCGUCUUAGAUCCAUGUUAGAUCCUUUUUCCUCUGAACUGAAGAUGCAUAUUAGCGGCUCUGAACUGCAAACAUACUGAUAUUACUACGAGUUA